AUGCACGCACGCACAAAAAAACAAAAGCCCCCAAAUAACAACAACAAACAAACAGUUCUGGAUUUCUUCCAAUUCUUAUACUAUUCUAUUGUAUUCUGUUGUGUUCUAUUCUAUUCUAUUCUUUCUUUCUUUCUUUCUCUCUUUCUUUGUCUGUUCAUAUCUAUCUAUCUAUCUAUCUAUCUAUCUAUCUAUCUAUCUAUCUAUCUGCCUUGUGCCACAUCUAAGCUACGCUUGAAAAUCACUAUCUAUCUAUCUAUCUAUCUAUCUAUCUAUCUAUCUAUCUAUCUAUCUAUCUAUCUAUCUAUCUGCCUUGUGCCACAUCUAAGCUACGCUUGGAAAAUCACUAUCUAUCUAUCUAUCUAUCUAUCUAUCUAUCUAUCUAUCUAUCUAUCUAUCUAUCUGCCUUGUGCCACAUCUAAGCUACGCUUGGAAAAUCACUAUCUAUCUAUCUAUCUAUCUAUCUAUCUAUCUAUCUAUCUAUCUAUCUAUCUGCCUUGUGCCACAUCUAAGCUACGCUUGGAAAAUCACUAUCUAUCUAUCUAUCUAUCUAUCUAUCUAUCUAUCUAUCUAUCUAUCUAUCUAUCUAUCUGCCUUGUGCCACAUCUAAGCUACGCUUGGAAAAUCACUAUCUAUCUAUCUAUCUAUCUAUCUAUCUAUCUAUCUCAUUCUAUUCAUAUCGAUCUAAGAUAUGACAAGGAUCCGCUUGCUACCGCCUGUUCAUUUUCGUCCACAUCCUUACGUCCAAAGGAACUCGCUGAAUUUUCUUUUCUAUCUAUGCAUAUAAACUGA